AUGACCUUCCCCACCACCGCCGACGCCGAUCCCGACCCAACCACUCAGAUACCCUGGCCUUCGAGGAAUGGAAAGCGCAUACGAGAGCAGACACAGGAUAUGGACUCGCCAGAGGAAGCAGGUGACACGAACAACGCAGGCCACAGCAAUGGCAAGAAGUCAUCGUCUGAGAGGGAGGAUCCGGCUGAGCGGAGGAUGUCCACGCUGGAUCUCAUCUACUUGAGUAUAUCUAUGGCAGGCUCCCAGGUAGCGUGGACGGUCGAAUUGGGAUAUGGGACGCCCUUCCUGCUAUCUCUCGGGCUCUCUGAGACUUUGACAAGUCUUGUUUGGCUUGCUGGUCCAAUAAGCGGCCUGAUAGCUCAACCUGUGAUAGGCGCGAUCUCCGAUGCUUCAACAUCCAGAUACAGAAGACGGUAUUGGGUUGUGCUCUCCACAGUUGUGCUAGUGAUAUCCACCGUCACAUUGGCGUAUUGUCAGGAUAUCGCUACCUUCUUGGUUGACAUUUUCGGAGGAGGCGCCGGUAGUUGGGAUCCCAAAUGGGCGAAGACGGUCAAGAACACUGCAAUUGGUCUGGCAAUCUUAUCGUUCUACUUGUUGGAUUUUGCCUUGAACGCGCUGCAAGCAUCGCUACGGAAUUUACUUUUGGAUGUCACGCCUCCACAACAGCUUAAUGCAGGCUUUCUUCCCCUUGCCAACAUGCCAAUCUUGCGUCUGCUCGGGGGCGAUCAAUUCCGCAAGUUCUGUGUUGUCAGCAUGGCGAUUCUUGUCAUUACUGUGUGGAUCACCUGUUUCACCCAAGAGGAGAAGGAACGCGACCCUAAACGCAUCGAGAAAGGGAGCAAAUUGAAGGAUGUGUUAGAUAAUAUCUACAACGCUAUUGUCAAACUGCCCAAACCCAUUAGGCGUGUAUGCUAUGUGCAAGUCUUCGCAUUCAUGGGAUGGUUCCCCUUUUUGUUCUAUGCUACAACAUAUGUGGGCCAGGUCAUGGCCUAUGAACUUCAGAGAGACCCAGACAAGGAUACAGCAACCAGGAUGGGGGAAUUCGCGAUGCUGAUUUAUAGUAUAGUCGCUGUAGCAGCUGGAGCAACACUCCCGCACCUUGCACGUCGUGACACUCGUCUAUUGGCUCACGAUGGCGACGAAGACGAGGAUGCUGAACUCGCUCGUCUCAGGGCUACCGUUCGUGAAUGGAGAGCCGAGGCAGCGCGGAGAGGACGGCCGCUGCAACUACCCUUGAUGCCAUUUUUCUUGAGGAAUAUUUGGACGGGAGCGAUGUUGUUGUUCGCUCUGAUCACGUUCUCUACGUUCUUCAUCACCAAAGUCUGGCAGGCCAUUAUUGCGAUUAGUCUGGUUGGAAUAUGUUGGGCAGUGGCUUGCUGGGUACCCUUUGCUAUUAUCAUGGAGUUCCUAAAGGAGCGCGAGCAUGAGAGUCCUCGGGACGGAGAAGCAAUAGCGAGAGAGUGGACGAGACGGCCAUCCCACAGCCGUACGCGAUCAACACCAGCUAUGCGCCGCAGGAGUGAGACACAUAGCGAGCGUGCUCCUCUUCUUCAACGACGUCGGUCGUUCGACCACCAAGACUCCGAUGACAUGCUGCCCGAGGCUGAUCCUGUCGCCGGCGGGACCAUUCUUGGUAUCCACAACCUGGCAAUCGUGUUCCCACAAUUCAUUAUUGCCUUGGUCUCCAGCGCCAUCUUCCACGUCGUUGACGCCGACGUCGAUAGCGACCCGGCCAAGCACACCACCUACUACGGUAAGAAUGGUGUGGCAUGGGUCUUGCGUUUUGGAGGGCUCUGUGCAUUGUUCGGUGCCGGUAUCGCCCGGAUGGUACCACCUACUCGUACAGAGAAGGAAAUGAGGAGGCGGCUGGCUGAGUUGAAGGUUCUCCAAGAGGAAGGUGCACCGUGA